GGGGGCUCGAAGGAUUUAGCGCUGGCAGGUUUGCAAGGUUCUUUUGGGACCGUGCAGGCGGGGCCUGGAAGCUGAGCUGGAGAGGAUCAAAGGCCAGAUCCCAGCAGGUCAUUGCUGGAGCCACAGGUUAAAAUCUCCGAUGACAUCUGUCUUUCAACUUUACCUAUUCAGUAUUUUCCCAAGUGCAGCAAAAAAUGAACAAGUCCCAGGAACCAGUAACCUUCAAAGACAUUAUUGUGGAAUUCACUCCAGAGGAGUGGCGGUUGCUAGAUGCUGCCCAGAAGACCCUGUACAGGGAAGUUAUGCAGGAGAACUAUGGUCUUCUAGUAUCUAUGGGUUAUUGCAUAAAUAAGCCAAAUGCAGUCUUCAAGCUGAGGCAAGGAAAAGAGCCAUGGAUAUUAGAAGUAGAAUUCCCACAUCAGAAUUACCCAGAAUACCUGUGGAAUAUUCAUGACCAAGGAACAAGACACCAGAAAAGCCAACCUGAAAAUUCAAGGAAUGGCAAACUCAUAAAACAUCAAAAAGCACAUAAUACAGAGAAAACCUAUAAAUGUGAUGUUUGUGGAAAGUCCUUCUGCCAGAAGACUGCCCUCAUAGUACAUCGACAUACUCAUCCAAAGGAAAAGACCAGUGAACCUGGGAAAUCUGUACCCAAGAAUGGAGACCUCACAGUACCUCAGAAAACUAACACUAGAGAGAAAAACUACGCGUGUAAAGAGUGUCAGAAAACUUUUUACCAUCUGUCGUCUCUCAGUAGACACUUAAGAACUCAUGCAGGAGAGAAGCCCUAUGAAUGUAAUCAGUGUGAAAAAUCCUUCUAUCAGAAACCACACCUCAUUGAACAUCAGAAAACACACACAGGAGAGAAACCAUUUGAAUGUAAUGAAUGUGGCAAGUUUUUCUAUGUGAAGGCAUACCUCAUGGUUCAUCAGAAAACACACACAGGGGAGAAACCAUAUGAGUGUAAAGAAUGUGGGAAAUUCUUUUCUCAGAAAUCACAUCUUACAGUUCAUCAGAGAACACAUACAGGAGAAAAACCCUAUAAGUGUAAGGAAUGUGGGAAAUUCUUUUCUAGAAAUUCACACCUCAAAACCCAUCAGAGAACUCACACAGGGGAAAAACCAUACAAAUGUAAGGAAUGUGGGAAAUGCUUCUACCAGAAAUCUGCUCUCACAGUACACCAGAGAACUCACACAGGGGAGAAACCCUUUGAAUGUAACAAAUGUGGGAAAAACUUCUACUAUAAAUCAGAUCUCACUAAACACCAGAGAAAACAUACAGGGGAGAAGCCCUAUGAGUGUAAUGAAUGUGGUAAAUCUUUCUCUGUGAAUUCAGUCCUGAAACUACAUCAAAGGACUCACACAGGAGAAAAACCUUAUGAAUGUAAGGAAUGUGGAAAAGCCUUCUCACAGAAGUCACAUUUUAUCAUACAUGAGAGAAAACACACAGGGGAAAAACCUUAUGAAUGUAAAGAGUGUAAAAAAACAUUUAUUCAGAAAUCUAAACUCACUGCACAUCAGAAGACACAUAUAGAAGGUAAAAACUCAUGAGUAGUAUGAACUGGAAAAUUCUUCCUUAAUUUAUACUUCAGAAUACCAUAAUUUAGAAAAGAUAAAAUACUUAUGAAUAUCACUAGUAUGUAAAAUUUUAGCUACAAUAUUUUUAUGGAGGGCAAGUAGAGGGACAUUCUAUAAAUAUAUAAGGAAGAUAUUUUUACCAUAUGUUUUACAGAUAACAGAGGAAACCAUACAUUAUAAAACAUGAGGUAAUCUUUUUGAACUUAUUCCAUAAUAAUGAAAUAAAUUAAAUGGGAAAUUAUACAAUUGAAGUG